CGACUGUGACUAGUGUCCAAAUUACGGCAUCGUAGAAUGUAUCUUAUACGGGCGACGUAAAUGAAAUUAAAUUAACAUUUAUCAAGUUUCCUAUGUGAAAAAAUAAUGAUAGAAUGUCUCCGCGACGCGAGACCAUUCUUUCAAUCUAAUACAGAAAUAGCGCAACGUAGUUCCGACAUUUUUCCGAUAAAAAUGUGAAACACCAAAAAAUUUAAUCAGGCGCUAUCACGAUGACAAAAAAUUUUUCUUACUGUUCGGUUUGGAUUAUUUUGUUUGCAGCUGGUUUCACAUUAUGCGUAAACGUCCACUUCGAAAAUAAAGAUGGAGGCUUCUUUAUAAAACAACAGAUACGCCAAAACAUUAUAGCUUCCCCGAAUUUAGAAACAUCCACUGUAUCGACUUUAAACAAUGGGUUUCCAAUAUCCGUAGACAAGUUUACUGUAUUCCAGAAAUCACAGCCAAUAUCGGUAAGGGCAACAUAUGGACCCUUCAGCACAAAGCAGACGGUUCCAGCUAAAUAUAUAGUACCUGAUCCUUUGCCUGUUAAUAAUUCAGGAGCUACCAUCGAUUUUCAAGAUCAAGCUACUCACCAUCUAGACAUGUCCGCACAUAUUGUUCGUAGUGAAAUUCCAAGAGAUUCUCCAGUACUCCGAGUACUGUUCCAUACCGGUACAGAUCCAGGCGGAAGACGUCAAGUUCUCCUGGCAAGGCACCAUCAGAAAAUUUGCAUCGUGUUACAAGUCUCUAUGGGCAAUCAGACAUCCCUUCGUGCUGCUUGCAGCCCAGAUGGAGAGGACGGUGUAUGUCUGGCACAGGUUGCAAUUCCUUCUUUCUGGUGGAACCCUCUACCAUCUCUGGAUAAAAACGGAAAACCGGGGAAAGUGACCAAGACCCCACCCAGAUUGGUACACGUCGCUUAUUCAGUGCUAGAACCAUGGCCUGAUGAAGGGGAAGGUUGUCAUCCUAAAGUACAGGUGCAGCCAUCUAUGACACUAGGUCAUAUCCCUCUAACGCCUGCCAAAGGAGCUUAUAAAGAAUUGAAAUUAACGGAUUCUAUUACCAUGUUGGUACCGCAUCCACCAUUGUAUCCGAGGUCUUUGUUGUAUUUGCCUGUUUUCGUGGACAGAGAAAGAGCGAAGACAAUGACAGCUAUUGUUAUAAAAGCAAGAUUAAAGAGUGGCGUUAGAUUCUUAGAAGCAAUUGCUUCAGAAGGCAUUCCUUGGAAUAUAACAAUAGACAUUAACCCUCGACAUACCAGCGCAACUGUGACACUUAUAAGAAAAGAGCCAUCUAAUUCCGAAACUACAGCCAAUAGGGGAGAUAUUAUGGAGUUGUUCACAUGGCUAAUCGAAAUAUCAGAAGACGCCAUAGAAAACUACGACAAAAGCAAGAUAGUGUGGUCAGCUAGAUACGAGCCGUAUCGCGAACAGGAAUCCGACGAUGAAGUUCUGAGGGAAGGCAGGAGAUUAAUUUCCCGAUUCGAGAUACAGAAAGAUGACAUACAAGCCGUAGUUCCCAUAAGCAAGAACUGGGAAGUUUUAAAUACAGCAGUCUUGACAGGUAUUCAAGUUUCUCAAGCCAUGAAAGUGUUUAUUGUGUCUCAAGCAGGCAAAGCGGCCGAUGUAACAUUUCAGGCGUCUUGUUAUUCUGAAGAUGAAAGUGUUUUAAAGGUAUCCUCAUCUUGUGGCUCAGUUUACGUUGACGGCAGUGAAGCUAGAGGAUCGGUGAAUGGUUCUGUCAUUGUGAAAUACGGUACUUUUACUGGAAUAGCACAGUUUACAGUUUGGAUGCCAGAAUUUCCAUUAGAAUUAGUAGUGGCUGAUACUAGAUUAUCGCAAUUAAAGUCUUGGAAAGUGCCUGAUUAUUUACCAAGUUUAUCGAAAUCGAAAAAUAGAAAAAAGCGGUCCUUUGACACCAACUGGAGUCUUCCUACGAUAGACGAAGGUAUGACAGUCAACGAAAAGCCUGUUUGUAAACUCAGAUACCAACAAACUUCGGUAGAAGUAUACGCACAUUUUUUGGCGUCUGAUCACACUUCAGGCCGAACUAGUUACUUGAUCAACAGAAGAACCUUAUUGAGAAUCACGGAUCUUGUAUUGCCUUGGUUACGAGUUAGUGAUCCGAGAAUUGCAAGUUUACACGGGAGGAUUUUGCAGGGAAGGAGCGUCGGUAGAACUGAAGUACAAGUGUUAUCUCCAAUAACCUCUAGAGUAUAUGGUUCGAAGGAGAUUCGAGUGGGUAACGAUAAAGUUGGGCUGACUAAACUCUACGUCCAAGUGAUUUCCGGCCUUCAACUUAACAUUUCUCCUGACACGUCUUUGGAAAACGUGUAUGUUGCUGAAACGGGCAUAACAAGAAAAUUAACAGCACAGUAUCAGGAAGGACUUCUUGACAUAGAUUUAGAAUUUUCCGAUGGACAAAAGACGCCUCUAAGAGAUAUCAUAGAGAGCAACUAUCAUCUUGUCGUCGAAAGCUUAGAUCCAGACGUUGUGGCUUUCGCUCCAAUGGUUGCUUCCCACCAUCCACGAGUUAUAGCCGUUGGAGAGGGAAGUGGAGAUCUUUUACAGGUGACGCUUUUACUGGCAGAAGAAUGCAGAAAUGUUGGGAGACCCAAGACAAAAUCAAUGGGUCCACUAGCAACGGCGGCUGCAAGUAUUACAGUCGAUUUCAAUACUUUCGAUUUGCAACGUCCUGAUAUACUACAAAAUGAUGGCGGCAAUUUUGUAAAUUCCAAAGGAAGAGAGUUAGAGCAUCAGUAUAUUCUUAAAAGUCCCGCAGUUCAGUCUGAUUCGGAAGAUGAACCUAGCGUGCAAGCUAGGCAAUAUCAAAACACUAAAUCAGGGCAUUCCGUUACUCUUGAAAUUAGCAUGUAUGUACUGCUAACUGCUUUCUGCUGUGCUAUAUUGGUAUUCGUCGUAUCUUGUGUAGUCUACGCAUCCAAAUACAAUCCAGCUGUGACCGCGAAAGAUCAUACACAACCGAGCAAAGCACCGUCAAUUGGUUAUCGUAUUACCAAUGAUUCACAAAAACCGCAAGAAUACACGACAAACGUUCACGACUGGGUAUGGCUGGGAAGAGCCACCAUUACUGCCCCAACCAAUAGUUCGGCCAAUAACAUGCGUAUCAUUUCAAAUCCUCUCAACACCAAUUACAGCGAACCCGAUGAUUCUUUGCCUGUCAGCUUCACCGGGUCGAACCAAAAACCGACUUGUUCCAGAAACAGCGGGGUCAAAACUAAUCCAUCAGGCAAAGAAAUCGGUUGGAGUGUAAAUAAUGUGGAGGGUGGUACAGAAGAUUUGGUAGCGUGGGACAAACCGAAACCUCCACCUCCCAUUUCGAAUAGUCCGCCGUCGAAAGUGCAGAAAUCAAAUGACGAUUACAGACCUCCGGUACCACCUCAUCGCAAUAUAGAAACGACGGGGUCUGUAGAAUCCAUGUUUCACGAAAAAAAUCGGGAUUCCGAAAGCAAGUCUUCCGAUAAAAUUGGAUUUCAUAGAUCAUCAGGCGAAUUCGCGGCAAAAAAAUGUGAAGAUACAACACAAGAUGAAAGACAUUCCAGAACUAUAUUUGAUAAUGACGAUGAAUUACAAGAAAUUCUUAAAACAGAGGACAGACCCGAGUUUGUACAGUAUUUAAAUAGUCCUAGUAGUAAUGGUUAUCAUAGACGAGCCGAAGUGAAAGUGGCAACUAUCGUGGGAAACUCGAUGAUGGGUAUAAAUGGUAAUCACGAAAACAAAAAUAAAUCUUCGGAUUUGCCCAGCUUAGAACAAUUACCUUUGGAUAUGGACUAUCAUCAGAUUAUGCAUUAUUUCGAAAAUUUAAAGGAAUCGAAUGCCUGAGUAGACGAGAUAAUCGCGGAGAUUCACGACAUAUUGUUCUCAUUCAACGAGCAGUACAGGGCUGCACCAUUGAAUGGACAUCCAAUUGUGGAACCUGCAUGAAUGUUUUGACAUUGUUUUCCACUGAACUGAAGAUAUACGAUAUAUACGAACUGCUUUUCAAACACAAUAACGGUCCACACGUAAUAAUCACCCAAGACCGACAUUCCUAUUCCUAUUUAAAUUUAUUUGUCUUAUCGCUAAAUAUUAUUGUGACCAAAAAGCUUACCAAAUAUAUAAUGUGUACAUUUUGUAAUAUAUUUAUGAGAAUUUUGCGCUAUUUAAAAUAAAUAGUGAAAUGUGAAAAGUUGUUUAAAGUCUUGUCUAGUAAUGUUAGUGAAUAAAAUAGAGGCUAGUUAAAGCACAAUUGAGACUUCUAAAUAUUUGUAAAAAUUAUUUGUCAAUAAAAUUGUA